UGUCUGUGAUUGCAGUCCCAAGCUUUCUUUCAGUUUGCCAAUGUUGCUUCUAACCUACACAGUGUGGCUUAUGACAUUAGGUUAUGAUUUCGAAACUGUGAGGGUGCAACAGUUUUUGAGGAGACCCACAAUUGUUUAUUGUUGCAAUGGAGUAGUGGAGAGGUGGGGGAAAUGAAAUCAUGGUUAGAUUAUGAGGGUGUUAGUGAAGGUUUGAUGGUGAAGGAAUAACGAAGCAGACGGCAUUGGAGUGGUCGCUUAAGUGGUCAUCACAAUGUUGGGGUUACGGAAAGGAGUGAUCGGAUUCCUCGGCUUUAUGUUCUUGGUCUUUUCUUACAACAUUCUCAACAACGGGCCUCUUCAGAUACGAUCCCAGGCUGGACAGGUCCAAUCGUCUACAAGUACCCAAAUAAAGUUAUGGGGAGUUCCGUUCCGACCACUUGAACCAUGUUGGACUGAACCUUCUAGAAAGAGCAAUCGAAAGGAAUGGGGCUACGUUCUGGUCAGGUGCUCUCAAGGGCCGCACCACCACCGGUUUCAGAUUGCGGAUGCGGUGAUUGUUGCUCGCCAGUUAGGAGCUACCCUUGUGAUACCUAUUGUAAAAGAAGGUUUAACCGAGCUGGCUAGUAAUUUUGAUGACUUAUACACCGUCAAGCACUUCAUCGCAACUUUGGAGGGAGUUGUUAGAAUAAUGGGGCGGUUACCUGAAGACCUCCGGGGUUUAAACCACACCAGUAUACAAGUUCCUUACAGAAUCACCAAGCCUUAUAUCGACCAGAACAUUCGGCCCAUCUUUGAGAAAAGCACGGUAAUCGUGUUGGAUGAUUUUUUGCCCAGUAUGGAAGAUGUGGAAGAAGAACAAGACGUCGAAAUGGAGGCCAUUCGGUGCUUGAUCAAGUACAAAGCCUUGAUGUUCCAGUCCCAGAUAGAAAAGCUUGGCAACAGGCUGAACAACAGGAUGAAGGAAGCAGCUCAGAGAGCGGGUGGAAAGUAUGUUGCGGUGGAUUAUCGAUCUACAGACACGGCUUGUGAGGAGGAGCGUGAUGUUGUUCAUACAAAGUCUAAGCGCUGCCUGUCCCCUCGUGCCCUUGGUUUGUUGUUGCAGUCGCAUGGGUUUGCUCGUGAGACAGCAAUUUACUUGACUCAGACUCGACUGGAUGAGUCCUUCGACCCUUUGCUCAACCUCUUCCCGAAUGUCAUUACCAAGGAAUAUAGCAUGCCAUUCAACGAAGAGAGCCAGUUUCUCUACUCUGGAAGGACCCAGCUGGAGCUGGCCAUAGAUUUUUACAUCUGCUCACACAGCGAUGUGUUGGUGCCCAUCCACUCCAACACAUUCUACACUGCAGUGGCAGGGGAGCGCAUCAAGCUAGGUCUCCCUCAUAUUCUUGUACCCAGCCUAGUAACCAGGCCCAAGCAGGCCACCGAGACCACUCUUCUGCUUGGUGUGUCCCAGAUGGUGGCCGCAAAGACCCAUCCAGCAUAUUCUUGCCUGUGUGAGCACGGCAUGAGCGAGAGGCUUGCCAAAGAGCCCACCUCACCAGCCUCAAGUUAACCCUCCAAUGCUCAACCACGUUUGACGAUUCUGAAGAUGAGCUAUAAAAUGGUGGAUCUGAUGAUCAGUUUCAGAUGAGCUUUUGCAGGUUUGAUUCUGUUACCGAAACCCUUGCACUAGUUGCCCUUUCAGUAUACUUCGUGUAUUUGAGAAUUAUUUAACGUGUUCAAAUCAACAUGGACCUCAAUUUGGACAGUCUUGUUUUUGCAACCGAGUUUGAAGUGUUACAGCUAUAUGAAAUGGAUAAUCAUGUAAUGCCUUUGAAAGUAGCUUGUGCCUUCUCUAUUCAA